AUGGCCCCUUCAGUCUGGACCAAUGUUCCUUGCGAUGUCAUUCGAAACGUUCUUCUAUUCACCAUUCCAUCCGCUGGUCCCCCAGCUGCGUUAUCGAGUCUGCGUCUUACAUGUCGCCACCUCUAUAACGCACUUCAGCAAUGCAAACCAGACUUAUACAUUCGUAUAUUUGCUCUCCAAUUCGACCUCGACCCCCCUUUCCGUUGUCUCGGAUAUGAUCGACGACUUUUAUCUCAAAAGGUCGAAGAUGAACUACGAACUCGAGUCACUAUAUUGAAAGACCUUCGACAUGAUCGACUGCAUGGCAAAAGGCUCGACAAAGCGCUAUGGACGCUGUACUUUAUGAUCCUGCAGGAUCAAGGACAUAAUCUCCAGCAACUACGCUGGGCAAAAGCGCAUGCUGCGCUACGGAGCUUCCUUCGGCAUCGGCUAUAUAUAGGCGCUGAGGAGAAUAAUGGAUGGCCUGUCGAAAGCGCUCAAAAUUCGUUGGCAGUCGCAUGUUUAUGGUUUCUAUCAUCCAAAGCUAUACUCAAUGAGGAAAAGAAAGACGAGAGUGAGCUGUUGAUGGCUCGCCUCCUGCCCUUCGUUCAAGCUGCUUUUCGAUAUCCAUGCUUCAUUGGUUCUGAAGCCAACUUCGGGGGCGAUAAUUCGUUAAUGUCGCCAGCGGAAACCGUAACCUCUAAUGUUCAUGGGGUCUACCCUCCAGACGGCCCUUCGCCGGAAGACGUCCCUUAUUUUGGCGAUCUGAUGUGUGAAUGCCGACCUCCCCCCAUAUCUCUAUUCGCGAUCCUCAACUACUUUGUCCGAGCCGAUCUCACGCCUCUCGAAAUUCCACCGCAUCUUCCAUUGAACCGGGUAUGCGCUAUUGCUUCUCAACGGGUCGGGCCCACACGUGAGGAUAUGCAGUAUUUUCUGGAUCAUUGUAAUACCAAGUUUGCAUCGCCCAAUACGGAACGAGAUGAUGGUUGGUUGUGCCCUACAGGUCAGCCCUCUUACGUGCUUGGCGACAUCACCGGACGAUGGGAAGGCUCAAUGAUGGUCCCCUGUAUCGACAACACAUACAAGAAAUGGUUGUCUACUCCCACAAUCCCUACCCCAUUUCCUGCCUUUGGACGUCGCCCCCUCAACUUUGUUCUGCAUGAGUAUUAUUGCACCGACGAAUCCACUCGCCUCCCAUCUGACGAACCCACGAACGGAAUCAAAAACGCCUGGUUGCCCGCCGGGUGUAAGUGGAUUGAGCAAGACGAUGGCAUUGAAGUUUUUGACGAAGAUGGCUCUUUCUACAGCUUUUACAAAUCGUUCAAGGCAGGCGGUGAUCUCGCGGAUAUGGCCAACGUAAUUGAUAUCAUUGUUGUUGGAAAGCCCGAUGAAACGCACAAGGCAGCCUGGGGAGGAUUUAAUUGUAUCGGCCGCAUCCGUCUGUCAGAUGGACUUGUGGCAUUGGCUGCUGAGGCGUUAGAGGUGGUAAACCCCAGCAUUUUCCGGGGAUACGUGACUUCCCCUCAGAACUUCGUUGGUCGAUCCCGAGGCCAAUUCAAUGCUGGGCUGGAACCAGCGAACUGGGAAGCGUCAUUCAGUCUGUCUAAACACACGGAAUAA